AUGUGGAACUCACCAGCACAAAGCCCAAACAACGGUCGACACUCGAGUGGCUUUCGACGAGAAGGAAUGCCGAAAUCAUUUUACAAGAAUCCUGCCGUGGCCGAACUUGCCCACGAUAUCUUUUCACAAGGGUUAGAGGAAAAUAAGGCCUUGGGUCAAAAGGCCGAUGAUGCGCUUUACUUUUAUCGAUGGAUAAUGGCUCUUUCGAACGGUCAGCCUAUUUCAAUUAACUUGAUCAAGGAAAAUCUCCCUUUAUGGGACAAAUAUUCUGACCGAGAAACUCCAACUUCUGACAAAUUUAAUCAAUGGAGUGCAGCGUUAGAGGACAAGUAUUCGUUAUGUUCAAUGCUUCGCGAGAACGAUGGCUUUGUCACUGGAAAGCAGUCAUCAGAUGAAUGCAAUCUGCAGUUUUCAUUGGAAGACGCGUUCGAGAAAGCUUUACAAUUAUACGGAACACCUGUGGAAGUUCAGCGAGAAGAAGCUAAAAUACGAAAAGCGUUGGAAAUCGAGAAGCUUGAAGCCAAGGAAGCAUUGAAGCUAAACCCUACACGUUCAUUAACAAAGCUUUUGGAUCUACCACUUGUGGAUAUCGACGUACCAUUAUCAAGAAACAUCCUUCGAGAUCGUGUAGAGCUAUCAAAAUUAUUGCGCAGACUGUUGGUUGCAAAUGGAGGGAAAAUUGAGUAUUCGACUUUGCUGCAGCUUCUGGAUAUGGAACGGCAUGAUGAUCAAAGCUUUUGGAUGGAAACAAUAACUCCGGAUGUCCAUGAAUUUAAUGGGUUUUAUUGGGAAAUCGAUCCGAAUGCUCCUGAGAAAGCGAAACGUCUUUUUUCAGCUGGUAAAAGCUCUCAAAGUGACGCCGUGUUUUAUUUUUGGCUCAAGCUCCGAGAACUUAAAUUUGACGAGCAGGAAGAUCUUCAAAAGUUAACAACGACUCUAAACUUUAUACCCCAAAUGAUUGCCUAUUUCCUAGAGAAGGAGCUCGAGUUUGAAGAAAAAGUUAAUAUUUGCAAGAUUUUCGAUUUGGAUCCCGACUCGAGCUUGGUGCUAAUAGCUAAAUUGUCCAGUGAUGUUUUUACCUACGAUAAUGUGAUGCACAGACUGGUCUUUCACAAAGAGAAGUGGGCCAAAGAAGAGAAGAAAACGACCGGUCUCGAAGAUGAUGAUCAAGAUGACGAU